GGCGUUGGGGAGUGUGGGAAGGCAGGAGCCUGAGGCGAAGCCGGGAUCCACGAACCUCUCGCACCCCUGGAAGGGGAGGGGAGAGUGAAACAACUCCCCCCUCCCUGUUAAGGCGUUGGGGUGCUGCAGCAGGCUGGCCCGCAGAACCAGAGAAUAAAAAUGGGAACUCCUGGAUCAGGACGGAAGAGAACUCCCGUGAAAGACAGGUUUUCUGCAGAAGAUGAAGCUCUGAGUAAUGUUGCCAGAGAGGCAGAAGCCAGGCUUGCAGCCAAACGGGCAGCUCGAGCAGAAGCAAGAGAUAUACGUAUGAGAGAGCUAGAGCGACAGCAAAAAGAGCGGGAAGAAAAGAGUGAAAAAUCACAUUCAGAAAUAUUUUCAAGGCCAUCAUCUCGCAAUUCAAUAAGUGCAACUCAUCUGAGUGGUAGCUCAUCUAGGAGAGGAAGUGGGGACACAAGCAGUUUGGUGGAUCCUGAUGCCUGCCUCAGUGAAUUACGGGAUAUCUAUGAUCUUAAGGACCAGAUACACGAUGUAGAAGGGAGAUACAUGCAGGGACUUAAAGAACUAAAGGAUUCACUAGCUGAAGUUGAGGAGAAGUACAAGAAGGCCAUGGUUUCCAAUGCGCAACUAGACAAUGAGAAAAACAACUUGGUUUACCAAGUAGAUACUCUAAAGGACGUCAUUGAGGAGAAAGAAGAACAGAUAGCAGAGUUCUGUAGGGAAAAUGAAGAGAAGACCAAGGAAUUGGAAAGACAGAAACACACAUGCAGUGUUCUGCAGCAUAAGCUGGAUGAGCUUAAAGAGGGCCUUCGACAGAGAGAUGAAUUGAUAGAGGAGAAUCAACGCAUGCAGCAGAAUAUAGACUCCAUAACCAAAGAGGUGUUUGAUCUCCAGGAGACAGUUAAUUGGAAAGAUAAAAAAAUAGGGGCCCUAGAAAGACAGAAAGAUUACUUUGACUGCAUUAAGAAUGAGCGAGAUGAGCUCAGAGAGGAGUUGGCUGACCUGAAGGAAACAAUGAAGAGAGGAGAGAAACAUGGAUUAGUUAUAAUUCCAGAUGGCACACCAAAUGGUGAUGUAAACCAUGAAUCAGUGGUUGGUGCAAUAACAGUUGUAUCACAGGAAGCUGCUCAAGUCUUGGAAUCUGCAGGAGAAGGACCACUAGAUGUCAGGCUACGAAAACUGGCUGGAGAAAAGGAGGAAUUAUUGUCCCAGGUUAGAAAACUGAAGAUGCAGUUGGAAGAAGAACGACAGAAAUAUUCUAAAAGUGAUGGCAUGAAUCCAGAUAUCAUAGGCUUAGAGAAUGGUUCUGACUUGCAGCUCAUAGAAAUGCAGAGAGAUGCCAACAGACAAAUUAGUGAAUACAAAUUUAAGCUUUCAAAAGCUGAACAAGAUAUAACUACCUUGGAACAAAAUAUCGGACGGCUUGAGGGGCAGGUUGCAAGGUAUAAAAAUGCAGCAGAAAAUGCAGAAAAAGUAGAAGAUGAACUCAAAGCUGAAAAGAGGAAGCUUCAGCGAGAGUUAAGAACAGCACUGGAUAAGAUAGAAGAGAUGGAGAUGACCAAUAGCCACUUAAUGAAAAGGCUGGAGAAGAUGAAGGCAAAUAGGACUGCGCUUCUAUCUCAACAGUGAAGUGGAAAUCGAAAAUAUGAUGCACUGCUCCUUGAAUAACUAGCCCCUAGCUUGUUUUUAAAAUAGACUUUCAUUGGCACAAACUAUUUGAACACAGAGUUGUUCAUCGGUGUUUUAGUUUCAUAAUUAAAUGGCAUACUUCUUUUUGUAACUUAUGAGAGAAUGAAAUGUAGUUUGAAUUUCCAUGUGAAUGACAGUUUUGCUGUAGCGUUUGAUUCUAGAGUCAGAGCUGGAGCACAAUGCUGUAUGUUCGAUUUAGCGAUAGAAAAUGUUUUUACAACUGUGGAAUCAAGUUUACUCACGAUCUCUUUUGGCUGCUUUAAUGAUGCUUGAUGCUCAGAGACAACUGCAUGAAUUCAAGAAGACACUGUAUUACUGUAUUAUAAACUAACAUGUAUUUGCUCAAGACAUCACACAGCACAAGUGCCUUUUAUCUGGUGCAAUUUAGACUUCAUUGUUGAAAUAACCUUUGAAAUCAGAUAACAUUUUAUUUUAAGAUACAUUUGGGGUAUUCACUAAACUUUAUACAUUUUGAAAAUACAUUUUUGUAAAAUAUUUAAAUUUAUAAGAAAAAAAUGGGGACUGUAUAUAAAAAUCUGCUUUUUUGCAUGGGCACAUCUGAGUUCUAGGUAAUUUUGUCAAAUACUAGCCCCUGAUACUCUUAGUAUUAAGAGUGCAGAUUUAAAAACUUCUGUUGUAUACCAUCAAAUUAUAUGUCAUCUGCUGCUUAAGUGUGAAUUGAAAUUUUCAAGUGGGAGGAAGGGGUGGGAAAUGUGGCUAAGGAGUUUAUUAAAUGGACACUUUACUGACCAAAA